GUUUUCACCUCAGGUUGUGUGCAAUUUAGACGGACUGAAGACAACCAACCAAUACCAAACAUAAUUACAUAAAAUAUUACCGUGCCCAAUCAAUAGUGUGACAAACAAAUGUUUGGUAGCAAUCUUUGCUCUCCAUCACACUCUGUAGUCUACACUUUUGGGUCUCCUUCAGCAGGCUUCUGAAACAGCAAGUAACCCCACUCCCCUCUCCUCUCUUUUCCCCCUCUCAUCAUCUAUCCCCCCACAAACACUCUCCACUAUGGCGCUAUCCCCAUGCCCACAUGAUAAAGGCAAAGCUUCUGCGCUUCCCCCUUCCCACCACUCUGUUUUCUGCCCACACCCAACAAAACACUCUCAACAGAGAGCCCCAGCAAUGGCUUCCCCGUAUUCCAUCAUAAUCAACCCAAAGUUCUCUGAGAAAGACUGGAUCGUCCAGAUGGAACACAACCUGGAGCUCGACCUCGACGCCGUCGUCGCGCAGACCCCACUCUGCAUUUACCAUGUCCCUGAAUCCCUCCGCAUCAGCAAGCGCGACGCUUACACCCCGCAAUUCCUUGCCCUGGGGCCUUACCACCAUUGGAAGCCCGAGCUCUACCAGGCCGAGACCCACAAGCUGGCCGCGGCCAAAAGGGCACAGCGAGAAUUCCAUCUCCCUUCCGACUUCCGUGACUUCGUCGCCGGUAUCUCCCGCUUAGUCCCCGGCAUCCGCGCCUGCUACGACCGCCACCUGCAAAUGACCGACCAGGCCCUCGCCUGGAUUAUUGCCGUCGAUGCUCUGUUCUUACUACACCUCAUUUAUACCGAUUUUCAUUAUGACAACAGUAAUCCCCUGUUUUUCAAUUAUCCUUCUUCCAGCCGGAAGUCUCUUCUCAGAGACGCUGUCAUGCUCGAGAAUCAGAUCCCCAAUUUCGUGCUCGUUGAAAUUCUGACGAAUUUCAGCGAUUCCGGCAGCAGGGGUUUAUUGGGUUCAGUUUCGAUCGAUUUCUGUAAGAAGGUUUCGCCUCUCGGGUUAUCCGACCCGGAUCCGGAGGAUGUCAAAGGCCGUCACUUGCUGGAUCUUCUCUACCACCUGAUUCUGCAUCAUAAUAACAAACCGCCGGCGGCAAAGCAGGGAACUGCAGAAGUUUCCGAGGAAUUUCAAGCCAACGGGAAUGGAAAUGGGAAUGGAAACGUCGCGACGAUUGGGGAUUUUCCCAAGACGGAUGCGGGUCCGGGUUUUUUUACCCGGGUUCUCGGGUUUUACUCCGCCUGGCUGAGGAGAAUCACGGAGGAAGAGACGGCGGGGUUAAUCCCGACGGCGACCCAGCUGCGGAACGCCGGCGUGAAGUUCGGAAUCGCGAAGCAAGGGAUCCGGAGCAUAAGCUUCAACAAGGAGACGAAAACCCUAACCCUUCCGGCGUUCAAUUGGAAGCCCGAUUGCGAUGUGGUGAUGAGAAAUCUGGUGGCGUACGAGGCGGUGGCGAGGCCCGAAAACAGCCCCGUCCUCUGCCGGUACGCCGAUUUGAUGAAUUCAAUUUGCCGGACGGCAGAGGACGUGAAACUGCUGCAGCAGGAAGAACUAAUUAUAAUCAGCGGAGGAGGAGGGAGCGACGCCGUUUUGGAGGUGUUCGGCGGCGGGCGCGGGAUGGGGACAACGGCGAUCGGCGGCGGAGGGAAAAGGACGGUGCUGGACGGGGGAAUCGAGGCGGUGAACGAAUUCUACGCCGGGAAUCGGAAAUUGGAGGUGUGGAAAUUGGGGGCGAGGCUCGGGAAGCGAGUGUGGGAAGUUGCCACGUUUCUGGCGGCGCUGUUUCUCUUGCUCUUCUUUUUCUUCCACGUCGUCAUCGAUAUUUUCCGUUAUCCUCCGGGCUCGCCGGGAAAUGUCACAGCCGCCGCCGCUGGUGUGGCCAAAAUGUUGUUCCCGUCGUCAUCGUUGGCUCCUCCUGCUCCUUCUGCUUUGGCUGCUUCUCUGUAGAAAUGUCAGCCAGCCGUUAAGAACUGUUUUGUUUUCUGAUUUGAAAAGUCCAAAACGCUGUCGUUUUCGUUCGUCGAACAUUCUUCUUGAUUCCUUCAAAUCUGCAGGCUAAUGCCUGAUUUGGUGUAAUCAUCGUACUUAGACCUAAUGAUCAAUUGUAGCAAUAAAGAUUCAAUUCUUGUGUAAACUUUAAUUCCAUCGGCUUUUUCGACUUGCCAUUUUCUUAACUAAUCGUCACCCCGAUACCCGGCUGGAUCAGUCCGACAUAAGGUGUGCUUUAAAACGAUUUCCAGAAAGCCCCCUCGGUUUGACUCGUAAAGAGAGUGGGAACUGGGAAGAGAGGAAGAGGAACGAAUCAAGAGAGAUGGUAAGUGACUCAUGGAGGAUAAGUGGAUUUAUUUUGUGGAAAAUAAAUUUUUAAUAAAUGUAUGUAAGAUAA